CGAAAGGAAAGGCAGGAAGGAAGUUGUUUGUAGCUGUCUUUUGUGGUUUCGUGCUCUCCUCCUCCUGAGAUAGAUAGAUAGAUAGCCGCUCUAUCUCUCUCAAAUAACUUGUUUAAGCCAACGAGUGAGUACUAGUACUACUAGUGGUUGUUUCUAUUAGGGCUCGCCCUCCCCUCCGAUUGUAGCAGAAUUUUCUGAUCCAUCGUCUCCCAGUUAGAUUUCUUCUUCUUUAGACAAGUCUUUUCUCUUUCUCCCUCUCUUGAUGUAUUGGUUGGUGGUGGUGGUAAAAGAUAAGAUUGGGGAUCUCUCUCACUCUGUCUUUCUCAAGCACGGCGUCGGUUGGACGCUUCAUCUUCAGAUUCGGACUUAGUUGUUUCCAUCUUUGAGGCCUGCAUUAUUACAUCAUUAGAGUCGUGAUCUUCUGUACUACUCAAGGAUGAGAUUAGAUGAAAGGGAAAACUCCUUUUGCAGAUUAUUUGGAGCCAGGGAUUGAUAGGUUAGCAUCAUCUUGUGAAGAAAAGAAUGGCAAAGAUGAUUGAUAAAUCACUUCUCUUGACCUAUCUGUACUUGCUAAUCUACAUUAUGCUUUCAUCUGGAGUUAUAUUGUACAACAAGGGAAAAUGCUUUGGCCUCCCACCCAUCCUUUUACUCCGUUUUUUUAAGGAUCAAGUGCCAUCUUCUCUUUGUGGGUUCUCUCUCCAAAGUACUUCAAUUUUCCAUUUCCAAUAACACUUACAAUGAUUCAUAUGGGAUUUUCUGGAUUAGUAGCAUUCCUUCUUGUUCGUGUUUUCAAGGUUGUGUCUCCUGUUAAAAUGACAUUUGAGAUAUAUGCGACGUGUGUGAUUCCAAUAAGUGCCUUCUUUGCUUCUAGUCUCUGGUUUGGUAACACUGCUUACUUGCAUAUCUCUGUGGCCUUCAUCCAGAUGCUCAAAGCCCUAAUGCCGGUGGCGACAUUUCUCGUGGCUGUUUUGUGUGGCACUGACAAAUUAAGGUGGGACGUGUUCUUGAACAUGGUGCUGGUCAGUGUUGGAGUUGUCAUUUCCUCAUACGGGGAAAUUCAUUUUAAUGUAGUUGGGACACUUUACCAGGUCACAGGGAUCUGUGCAGAAGCUCUAAGGCUGGUUUUGACUCAAGUCCUCCUGCAAAAGAAGGGCUUGACUCUAAAUCCUAUUACCAGUCUAUAUUAUAUAGCUCCAUGCAGUUUCGUGUUUCUAUUUGUACCUUGGUAUUUCCUGGAGCAACCUGGGAUGGAAGUUUCGCAGAUCCAGUUCAAUUUCUGGAUUUUUUUCUCUAAUGCUAUUUGUGCUUUAGCAUUGAACUUCUCGAUUUUCUUGGUAAUCGGUAGAACUGGAGCAGUUACCAUUCGAGUUGCUGGUGUUCUGAAAGAUUGGAUUCUGAUCGCCCUUUCAACUGUUAUAUUCCCAGAGUCCACCAUUACUGGGCUGAAUAUUAUUGGAUAUGCAAUUGCACUAUGUGGUGUUGUGAUGUACAACUACUUGAAGGUUAAGGAUGUUCGGGCAUCUCAAGUCCCUGCUGAUGGUAUUCCAGAGAGAAUUGCAAAGGACUGGAAGUUUGAGAAGAAGUCCUCUGACAUACAUAGACCAGAUAGCAGUGAUGAUGACAAUGGAGGAAGCAGUAGAGGGAAUAAUAAUUCUGCCUCAGAUGUAAAUGCAGACGAAGAGAUGCCUCUAAUACCUUCAUCGAGGUUGUCUCAUAUUGGACGUGCGCAGCUUAGCAGUCAUGGCCCGUGACUAUGAUGAACCGAAUGUAGAUAAAACGUCAAGAGAAACUUUUCUUUGCAAAACCAAAAAAAAAGGCUAAAGGGAGGAAGAGAAAGCAGGAGCAACUGUAUACUACACCUCUUAGAUGGUGUGAAAACCCUUACCUCUUUUUUGGUCGGAAAAAGCUCAUUACACAAAAGUUAGGGGCAAUAUUAUAAGAUAUGCUUUAUGGCCGGUAGUUUCUUGAUGAACAUGCCAACAAAAUAUAUUGAGGGCUCUUCAUUUUGAGACUAGAUCCUGAUUUUAUGUUAAUUAGAUUUGCCUUCGGUGGAAUGUUUUAUUUAUUUAUUUCACUACAGAAUUUUGAGUUAA